UCUCCACGGUAACCAUGAAGACAAACUUCUAAACAUACGUGAAAAUUAAAAGAACGCUGUAAACAAUUCUUGGCAAAUACAGUGAGAAACAAGUAAGUCUUCACAGAAGAAGUAACAAUGAAAGCUACUCCGAUUUGGGUCGAUAAGGUUCAAGACAAAUCCGAACGAUGUAUAUACGACCUGUGUUUCAAUCCAGAUGGGACUCAAUUAGUUAUCGCUGCUGGACAGCAAGUUCUCGUUUACGAAACCAACGAAGGCUCCCUAGUUCAACCACUAAAAGGACAUAAAGAUGUGGUUUACUGUGUAUGCUAUGCGAGAGAUGGUAAGAAAUUUGCAUCUGGUAGUGCUGAUAAAAGUGUCAUCAUUUGGACAUCGAGAUUGGAGGGUAUACUCAAAUAUUCACAUAAUGAAGCUGUUCAAGCUAUGCAGUUUAAUCCUGUGUCCCAUCAACUUUUAAGCUGUUCCUUGUCGGACAUAGCAUUCUGGUCUCCAGAACAGAAAGCAGUUGUAAAGCAUAAAUCGAGAGGAAGAGUAAAUUGUUGCGCUUGGACAAGCGAUGGCCAAUAUUUGGCUAUUGGUUUAGCAACUGGUUAUGUCUCUGUUAGAAAUAAAAAUGGAGAAGAACAGAUACGAAUAGAAAGACAAAGUGGAGUACCUGUUUGGAGUUUGCUAUGGAAUCGUCAAUGGGAAGAUUCAUCAGACGUUCUCUGCAUCGGAGAAUGGAAUGGAACUAUAAGCUUUUAUUCAAUUUCGGGAAAGCUAAUUGGGAAGGACAGGUCGUUCAAUUUUAUUCCUCUUAAAAUGUGCAAUUUCUCGGAGGGUCAAUACAUGCUGGUUUGCGGAAGUAAUAAACAAUGUAUAUUAAUGACACAUGAUGGGAUACAGUUGAUGAACGUCGGUGGUACAUUUUCAUCUUGGGUUUGGAGUGCUGCUGUACAUCCGACUUCUACCCACGUUGUACUCGGCUGCCAAGAUGGUACAAUUACCUAUUUACAAUUGUCUUGGGACGUUGUGCACGGAUUAUAUAGAGAUAGGUACGCGUACAGAGAAAAUAUGACUGAUGUCAUAAUACAAAAUUUGAUUACUAGUCAAAAAGUUCGUAUUAAGUGCAAGGAUCUGAUACAUCGUAUCGCUGUAUAUAAAAAUAGAUUAGCUGUACAAUUAUCGGAACGCGUGAUCAUUUACGAACCGUCGAGCUCGAACGAUGGAAUGCACUAUCGUAUAUAUGAAAAAUUGAAUCAACCGUUGAAUUGUGAUUUCCUCGUCGUCACUGCGAAUAAUUUGAUUCUGUGCAUGGAGAGAAGAUUGCAGAGUUUAUUCUUUAACGGGACAAUCGAAAGAGAGUGGAUACUCGAUGGGCUGAUAACUUAUAUAAAAGUUGUCAGCGGCCCGGUUGGACAGGAGUGCCUGAUCAUAGGUUUGAACAGUGGCUAUAUAGUAAAAAUAUACUUAGACAAUCCUUUCCCAGCAUACUUAAUAAAAAUCGAAGACUCCAACAGGUGCCUUGAUAUCAGUUCGUUCAAUGAAAAGCUCGCAGUCGUCAGCGAUCACGGAGUUCUAUAUGUAUACGAUUUGUACACUGAAGAAAAGAUCCAAGAGUUUCAGAAUGUAAACAGCGUGGCGUUCAACACCAGUUUCGAAGAUAUAAUGUGUUUCUCCAGUGGGGAGUAUUUAGCGAUCAAAGUAGGCGAUUUUACGGAAUACAAGCAAAAAUUUUCUGGAGUCGUUAUCGGCCACAAUGGAUCGAAGAUUUAUUGCCUAAAUGGUUCUUCUAUUGUCAUAAUGGAGGUGCCAUUAUCACUAUUUAUGUACCAAUAUAUAGACAUCGGUCUCUUUUCUCAUGCUUACAACAUAGCGUGUCUCGGAGUAGCCGAUUCCGACUGGUUUGCCUUGGGCACCGUUGCACUCGAAAACUUGGAGUUGGACAUAGCGUAUUCCUCGUUUGCUAAAGUGAAAAAUUUAAAAUACAUAGAAGUAGUGUCCGAGGUGGAGGAGAAGUUGAAAUCCGGAGAAUGGGGAAGAGAAGCGUGCAUGGCUACUGCUGCAGCCGCGAUGGGAAAGCUGAAGGAAGCCGCGAAGCUCUUCCAGAAAGCUGGACUCCAGCAAUACGCGUUGGCCAUGUACUCCGAUUUACGCAUGUUUGACAUCGCGCAAGAGUUUAUCGUCAGUGGCAACAAUCAGGAUCGUACAAUUUUGCUUCGUAAAAGAGCAGAAUGGGCAAAGAGCCUCGGGGAGCCUCGCGCAGCGGCCGAGAUGUUCCUCUCAGCGGGGGACACUGACCGUGCCAUCAACAUAAUCGCGGAGUACGGUUGGAUCGACAUGUUGAUCAAAGUUGGUAGACAACUCGAUAAAGCGGAUCGGGAUAAUUUGACGGUGAUCGCGAAGAAAUUGAAGAAGCUGGGCGCGACUCAUGGAGCGGCGGAAAUUUUCAGCCGCUUAGGCGAUGACCCAGACGUAGCCGAUGUCUUAGUGGAGGCUCAGGCAUGGCCGGAGGCGUUUGAAUUGGCUGAAAGGAAUCCUAAAUUGAAAGGCAGAAUAUACGGGCCGUAUGCGAGGUGGUUGGCAGAGACUGGCCAUUUCUCUGAGGCACAUAAAGCGUUUCAGAUGGCCGGACAAUCGGAUGAGUCUAUAAUAGUUUUGACGAUGUUAGCCAGGAACGCGGUUACGGAAAAAAGAUUUCGGGACGCAUCUUACUUUCAUUGGCUCCUUUCUCAGAUCAGUUUGAAUCUUAACAGAACCGCCGAGGAAUUACAAACGAUGUACUUCCAGUAUUACGAGAAAGCGGAAAUUUACUAUGCUUAUCACGAAGUCCAUAAAUACGUAGAAGAACCAUUUACGUCGUUGAUGCCCGAAGCUCUUUUUAACAUUUCGCGUUUUCUGUUAACUAAAACCGAGAAUAUCCAAGUGGAAGGAGUAUCGAAGUUCAUUAUAAUUUAUACGUUAUUGAAACAAGCUUCUCUUCUUGGUGCUAACAAACUCGCUAUGCAGUUACUUGAAAAACUGCGUAAAAUGAAAAUUCCACCGAAUCAAUUGAGCCAAUUGGAAACGUUGAAUUUAAACAGUCGAGCUUCCUCUUAUAGAGAUCCUGAAGAGCUGUUACCACUUUGUUACAAGUGUUCAACCUUUAAUCCUCUGUUACCAUCGAACAACCAAGGACAGUGCGUGCAGUGUGGAUUAAAAUUUCAAUACUCUUUCGUUAUGUUUGAAAUCCUACCGUUAGUCGAGUUUGAACUAGAAGAAAAUAUCUCGGACGAAGAGGCAGAGAAAUUAAUAAACGAAUCGUUAUCUUCCCCGGACGAUGUUAAUGAUACAGAUCAACUUUCUAUCACUUCCGAAGUAGAUCCUUUCACUGCUCGCUUAAUGAAAUACGAGGAGAAAUCUACUUCUACCAUAGUUGUUGGCAAAAAUGUGUUGAAAAGCAUGGAUCCGUGUACUGUGUUAAUCAUGAAAUGGCCCGAACCGUUUAAAACGAAGUAUUUCAAGAAUCUUUUACCCGACUUGCAAGUCACGUUCUGUAAAUCCUGUUUGAAGUUGUUUCACUUGGAUGAUUAUGAACUGGCUUUAUUACGACAUGGACGUUGCCCAUUUUGUAGGGCGAUAAAUAAAAUCUCUGAUUAGCAUCUUUUAAUUAGUUUUACAUUAGUCUUAGCGCGACAGAUUAUUACCAAUAGAAAUUAAAUUUAAAUCACGUUAUGAUGACUGGAUUUACGCGUCCUAUGCAUUACACAAUAAACUAUGUAACAAAUGUUCUAUUCUCUGCUUAAUCAAUAACUCGAAGCCGGAAGAGCGCAGAAAUUGAAAUAAUGUUUCUAGCAACUCUCGAUGACUGAAGUUUUAUUAAGAAUAAAAAAUGUCUGUCUACGCAACGAAAUCGUAUUAACAAUUUAUGAGGAAGUAAAUAUUUUGUCGAGUCUACUUUACGAUAGGCAUCCCGAAAAAUCCAGUUAUGUAAACGUUAGUAAAUAGUAGUAUCUCUGCGCUAAU